AUGGAACAUAGGAAACGUCCUCCUUCCGACGAUGUCUAUAUUUAUUGGAAAUCAAUGGAUGGUGAUGUGAUGAUCACACUUUCAGAUCAACUCAUUGGUCGUAAGGACAUAUCAGAACGCAUUCGGUGUUUAGUAUGCUAUGUCGCCAAGACACCUUUGACAACAACACCGGCUUAUCAUGAAUCAUAUUCAUAUCUGAAUUGUGGUCAACCAGAUCAACAUUUUAUUGUCAAGCACAAUUUACAAUUUGCCAAAGGUUCUAAUACAUUUCAUCGUGGCUGCAAUGUUGAUGAUUUUCUGACAUAUUGUCUACGAAUUCAAAUGAACAAUGGUCAAGUAACACUUUCACAUGCAGGACCGAAUAGCAAAAGCGAUGAUAAUGAUCGACAUAAAGAACAGGACGAAAAAAUUGCUUGUCGACAUGGACUCAAUUGUUGUGAUAAAAAUGAUGCUAACCACUGUUCAAAGUUUUCGCAUUUUGAUGAAUAUGGCGCUAGUUCCUUUGAUAACAUAGGUCAACAUAAAAUAGAAUGUCGUCAUGGGACUGCUUGUCGCGAUCAAAAUGAUCCUGGACAUUGUUCCAAGUACUCACAUCCUCAUGAACAUCGAGCUAGCUCUUCGAAUAACAUGGGUCGACAUAAAAUAGAAUGUCGUCAUGGUACUGCUUGUCGCGAUAAAAAUUAUCCUGGACACUGUUCAAAGUAUUCACAUCCUGAUGAACGAAAGUACGGAGCAAUGGGUCAUUCUCGAAGGAUAAUCUGCAAACAUGGUAUGGCAUGUCGAGAUAUUGAUGAUGCUGAUCAUUGUUCCAAAUAUUCGCACCCAAAUGAAUAA